AUGUGGAAUGCGAAUGAUACUCCCAGUCCUAUGAUUACCAAUUGCAAACUCAGCAAAAAUGGUAAUAUUCACUUAUUAGACCCCCUCCUGUAUCGAUCUAUUGUUAGUGCCUUGCAAUAUGUAUCUCUUACUCGACCUGAUAUUGCUUUUAGUGUGAACAAAAAGUUAUCACUACACGUGUAUAGUGAAUUUGAUUGGGAUAGUGACUCCGACGACCGUCGCUCCACUUAUGGCUCUUGCAUUUUCUUUGGUCCAAACCUUGUCUCAUGGAGCUCGAAGAAGCUUCCACCCGUGGCUCAGUCUAGCACUGAAGUUGAGUAUAAUGCACUUGCUUACACGACCUUGAAGCUUAUUUCGUUGGAAUCCUUACUCAAUGAGUUAUAA